UGUAUUAGCCUUAGCGUAGUGAUUUCUGAACUGCUGGAUUACUAAUCAUGUUAAUAAUUGCGGUGAUAAAUCGAUUGUGAAAAUGAAGGAUAACAUAACAGACUUAGAAAAGAAUCUGAAAAUAAUUACAAACACCACUUAUGGAAGUUUUGAGAGCGUUAUGUAUCUUUAUGACGUGCAUCAGUAAUGUACAGACAUAUCCUAUAGAACACGACAUUAACAGCCGCCAAGUCACACGAUGUUUAUUACCGCAAAUACAGUUACUUAAUGGUAUUCUUGUUCCCGACAGACCAAUGCCACGAAAGGACUAUAAGAAUGCAUUACGUAAAGAACCAAAUGGUAGAGAGAUUAAUGCCAUGAUCAGACAGACGAAAGAAGAGCUGGGACGUGUAGCUGAUUUAGAAAAAGAGUUUGACAAGAAUUCCGCCCUCUGCUUCCCUCCUUUGUGCAAGUCGAGAAUCCGUGUCAUAACCAACUGGAGGGUUUUAGGCACAGACUGCUGGGCCAUACAGCCUGUUAUCUGGAGACAAUGCAAGGAAAAACCAUUGGAUGCGUUUUCGUGUGUAAACGAGAUGUCUACGACAGGGCUAGGUUAUACUUGUCAGUCAGAAUAUAUGCCGGUAACGGUGUUGGUAUAUUGUCAACAUGGUGUGCCAGCGUUCCGCUACAUGUCUGUUUAUGUCUCAUUUAAAUGCUCACUAAAGAAGUAUUGCUGUCAGAACAUUUAAUACAGAACACUGAUUAAUAUGAUUCUUAUCAAACUGUCAAGUUAAAAUAAAAGUAAUCAAACAA